GCAGGGUUAUCAGGCUGGUAUCUUGUAAUAUAAAAAGGAAACGCACUGCAAUUGCGAAUUAGUCUUUCACCAUGAGACAACCAUUGCUGCUCGUCGCAAGUCUGCUUGCCUGUUUCGCAUUGGCGAGGGCGCUACCAGGUCUUUUUCCUCGAGACCAAGUCACAACGUACAAGUACUAUGCGGAUGUAAAAGCAGGAAAUAUUGAACCCGUUCCUUAUGCUUCUCAAUUCGUAAUUGGCGGUGUCAUGCAUGUGACACCUCAUCUCAGUGAUCCGAGUCUGAAGAAUGCCUUUCACAUUACUCUCAAUGUUACACACGGUGUUCGAAAUGGCGAGAUUCAACAUUUCGAAAAAAUUACGGAUCAUAUGCUUCCUGUUCCCGAUGUCGCCGAAGUGAUCAACGAUCCCUUUAUCGUCAUUUUUGAUGACGACGGCAAGGUGAAAGGCUUGAUGGUGCAUGAGCAGGAAGCUGGAUGGUCUCGAAAUAUGAAGCAAUCGAUUGCUUCCAUGCUUCAGUUGGACCUUUCCUCGAUGCAUCUUGAAAUGCCCAUAAAGUCGCAUGGUUUUCUUACCAGAGAGAAUUCCAUAUACGGCCAGUGUGCCGUUGCCUACGAUGUCCAUCGUACACUGGACCUUGAAGAGGGACACUUCACUGUGACAAAAAUGAUGAAUCCAUUGAAUUGUGUGAAGUUUGAUCAACAUACCUUUAAUUCCAAGGAGUCUACAGAGAGCUGUUUGAUCGAUGAAGAGGAUGCAAUGUCUGCUGCUAGUCGAAGGGUCUUUCAUAUAAAACAUACCGGAAAAGAUCUUCUGAUUAAGACGUUGGUUGCCCACGGAGUCCUUAAUUAUUUCCCAUGGAAGGCUCAAACCGAAGCUCACUAUAUUCUUGCAAACCAAUCGAUGGAAUUGAUGUCCUUGGUUCCAUUCGAAAAUAAUUUGGUACCCAAGCUGAACGUGACAGGAAUGGUAUUGCUGAACGAUAUUGAGUUCAAAAGAUCACACCAUGGCUAUGCUCUUCGUGCCGGUUUGGAUCUUACCCACGGACGUCACGUCGUUAAUCUUGAUGAUGUGGCUACGCAACUAAUGAAGAUGCUGGGGGAAGCUGUUGACUACAUGACUGAAAAUAAUUUGGAUAUGACAUCGCCGGAAAUAAAACACGGGCAGACAAUAAACCGCAUUUUAAACACAAUAAGUUACAUGGAUCUUGCGUCUCUCGAACAUGUUUUCAACAAUAUUGCAGCAGAUUCCUCUACUAAAGAAGACAAAGUUAGGACAGUAUUCCUGCAUAUGAUCGUUCAUGCAGGAACUGAUGCAACAUGCUUACUUACGCGAAACUUGAUACGAAAACACAAGGUCACACCUCAAAUGGCCAUUUUCAUGUUGAGUAAACUACCGUACAAUAUUCGUGAGCCUACGGAAACGUUGUUGGUAGAAAUGGAGAGUCUGAUCACCCUGGCGGACCCUGGUGAAGCCUCGGACAAGUCAUUGGGAAUCCAUAGGACUGGUAUUCUCUGUUUCGCUACUAUGAUUUACCAGACUUACAAGCACGCAGAGAAGUACCAUCGCAGCAUGGAUCCGGAUCUUGUUAAGCGUUAUGUCAAGCACUAUUACGACCACGUGAUAAGUGAGCCUACCUACGAAAUGAAAAUGGUCUAUUUGCACGCCUUGAGAAAUAUUAGAAUCGGUGGCGCACGGGAGGUUUUAGAACCAAUCAUUCGCGGUGAUUUAAUGAUAUCCGAGAGGCCUGACCAUCUUAGAUUUCAUGCAAUGAUAGUCAAUUUGGAGUCAUCAGAUGACGUUGAGUAUAUUCAUAAUCUCUAUUGGCCAAUUUUGACGAACACGAAAUUACCUGUGGAGUUGAGGGUUUGUGCGUACACCAUUCUGAUCAAACAACCACCCCGUAUGGAAAGGCUGAUGAAUCUUUACUGGUUCAUGGUCUAUGAAAAGAACGAGCAUUUGUACAAUUUUCACUACACGACUAUGAAGAGUUUGUCAAAUACAAUGAGUCCUUGUAUGGCACCUAUGAAGGAAAUGGCUCGUAAACUUUUACGAUUCAUUAGAGUAAGACCAGUCUCUGGCAUACUUACCGGUUCUUGGACUGUUGACUUUGAGAACAGAAAGUUCGGUUUUGGGGAAUCUUUCAACCUAAUGAUGACUGCUGACGAACAUACUGGAUAUCCAUCUUCUGCUGUAAUUGAAUAUAAAACGCUUAACCAUCGCAGGCCUGUGAGCCAUCGAACGUUGUGGCUCCGGGUUGAAGGUGUUGAUGAUGCGAUUGCGAACAUGAUCUGGGGCAGUGCUAUGGACAAACCGUUUAUUCAUAUAGAAGAGAUACACAAUGUAUUGAACAUGGCAAACAAAGACAUGCCGCAGAAGAAGCCAGUACACGUCGAAAUAGCUGUAAUGAUUCAGGACCGUACUAUAUACACCUGUCACUUUGAUGCUAAAGAUUUAACGAACAUGCAAAAUACCAUAAAAAGACUGAUGUCUGAACCUAACGAUUUAUCAUUUGCCAAAAUGCACACCGAAUUUGAUGAACUAUACGUUCAGCAUGUGCCGAAUGACCUUGGAUUGCCAACUGUUUUUCACACUCAAAUUCCCAGCGUGCAGAUAAUGAAUGGAAAGGUUGAAAUCGGUAAUGUUACCGAAUCACCGUUAAACGUGAAAAUUGAAUCUUCCAUAAGACAUUGGCGGCAUGGAUAUUACUCAAUGGAAGUCUACAAUCCAAUUAUAGAUACAUGGCAUGCAAUUCGACGAGUAUCGGCAUUUGAUACCAGUCUACCUAUUGCAGUGAACAUCGGCUAUAACAAAGAAUCCAAAAAUAUUAAAAUAAGUUUGCCUAGACUGCCUCUUACAGAAUAUUCCGUCUCUGGAAUACGGUCACAUGCCAAGAACUACGUGAUGGUGAUUGGAGCUGAAGAAGGCGUGCUCGAGCGGCAUUGUCCAAUGUGUCACCCUGCCGAGCUGAUUACCAGGGGUCUGAAGCAUAAGAAAAACAUAAGCCUAGUGAACGUUGACUCUAAAGAUACAGGACUACAUUUCAGCAUGCACCAGUAUGACUGCGAGCGAAUUAUUCGUCCAGGAUCGAGAUUUGAUAUGGUCUCUGAAAUCUUUAGCAAGGAAAACAAAAACACAAUGGAUAAUUCGCUGCUUCUGGGAGUUAUGACUCUCCGAGAAUACUAUCUCUAUGGACUCAUUAAUCCCGAGCUUGGAACUUGCGGGUAUCUUGCUAAACUGGAACCGAGUAUCGUCUACCCAACUUCUGUGGUUGAUAUAAACAUGCGCGUAAACGUUGAAGAAGCUACACAGAAAACGUUGAACUUAUUCCCUGCGGUAAAGAUGGAUCUCCGUGGAACCCUAGAAGCUAAGACUGUGUCGACGAAUGUUCCGUUAUGUUCUUGGUCUAUAAACGCUAACGCUGCUACCACGCAAGGGCACGUUAAUAAUCAGUUACGAAUUCAAAUGACAAGGACUAUACCAGGACAAAAAGAUCUCAAGAUUUGCAUCGAUGGCCACAAAAUUUAUUCAGGAUCAAAUGUUGACUUCUUGGAUCGAAAUCUGACCAUAAAACAAGAAACGAUUGGUAAACUGACGAUGAAUAUGGGGGAAACGGAGGAUUCUGCGUCGACAGUGUGUGUCCGUGAUGACGCAUCGGUAAUUAUAAAUAUGAAGGGUGAGAUGUCGAGCGAACAAAUCGAAGCGCUGAAGGAUGUAAGUAUUAACGGAAAAUGCCAGAAGGAUAUCGAAAAUCCUGUUUACCUGUACGCCGAAAGUUUCAUGAUACCAAGGACACGCGGCUGUUUAGAUGAAGCCAUUCUCCACUCCUAUCUCCGAAAAUACUCGUACACCGUGCAAUACAAGAAUAUACCUGAGCACCUUAAGAGCAUGAUUUACUGGAUGGACGAUGUGAUCAACGUGAAUCUGUGGCCGUACGCAACACAACAUCCUGCCCAUACAGAAGCUGGCAUAAUAAAGAUAGCCGCGGAAUUUCCUCUGGGUGACGAAGGUAUGAAUUUGGAUGUACGCACUCCCAUGCACGAAAAGAGGUACACCGCUGUUCCUGUAGGUGAAACUAGCAGGUGGAUCGAGAUGUUGGAUAACACUCGUUUCUCCCAAGAUUUCCUGGUCAGAUUGCGAAACAAUAAUAUCAAAUUCUGUACCAUUUAUCCUGAGGUUUUGAUAAACACGGAUGGAGGGAUCAUGCCCUUCGUCCUUCCUAGUAAAUGGACUUUGCUCACUGGCGAUUCUGAAAGACACAUGUUUUCGGUGUUUGUCAAGCGAAUUGAGCCUCUAAGAAAGAUGGGUCUAUUGAUGAGUGUCGCCAAUCAUACAGUAGAAGUUAUUCCUAGCGAUACCAUUCCUACCGUUACUGUUGAUGGCGAGGUGAUCGACCAUGAAAAUGGCCUUUCCGUUCUGGAAGGCGACGCUCAUUAUAUUUUACGGGUGAUUUGGAGUCAAGAUCGUUUGAUCAUUCAAACUAAACAUAAUGCAUUCGACCUCGAAUGGACUGAAAGAUCUGUCGCUUUAGCUAUGAGCACUGCAUUGCAAGGAAGAGUGACGGGGCUCUGUGGCCAUCUAGAUGGUACACAUGUGGAUCGCAUGACGAAAGUAUACACAUUUGAGAAUUGAAUGUUUCAGAAUUUCUUCAGAGAAACAUCGUAGUAAAGUAGAUAAUUUCAACACGAGUAUCUACGUUAGCUAUCUUUCUACCUAUAAUCAGAUGAAAUGUCAAACAUGAUGAAUUAUAUCAACGAUUGUAAACGUCGUAUAACGACAUACUUUCAUACAAUAAUAAAAAGCUGUAAUUUUUUCUGA